UCUCUUUUGUUACCACCACAGUCGUCGCUCAAAGUGGGAAAAUACAUCCUGUUAUAACCCCACCAGCAUCACCGUCAGCCCCACCAGUCCCACCAAACCAUCAGCCCCACCAGCCCCACCAGCCCCAUCAACACCGUCAGCCCCACCAGCACCACCAGCACCGUCAGCCCCACCAGCACCGUCAUCCCCACCAGCACCGUCAGCCCCACCAGCACCACCAGCACCGUCAGCCCCGCCAGCGUGUCUGACUUGGCUAUAA